UAUUAAGAAAAGUCGAGAGGUAGUUUAGUUUGAAACGGACACCUGCUAAAAUCUACCAAGAUAUUUCCAUUGAAAAUUGUUUUUGUUUUUGUUUCUGAGUGUUGAUAAAACAAUUGUGAUUUAGUGGAUAAAAUGUGGCCGGAAAGUGACAAAAUAAUGGUGAUAUUCAGGGAACAGAACAAUAAAAUGAAAUUGGAUUAAAGAUGCACGAUGUUGAAGGUAAUAACAACACCACCUUAUAAAACGGCCGUGUACACAAACAAAAUUUACCGCACCAAUCCGAAGAUAUAAAAAAAAAUUUAAAAUAAAUGAAAAACAAAUGAAACACAACAUAUUGACCGAAUAUGCAUUCAUGGAUUUUAUAAUGGAAGUUAUGGAAAUUUUGAAUCAAUUAUCGUUUUGAAGGAUCAGGCUAUAAUUUAAUUGUUUGCUGGAAAAGAUAUUAAAUUAAAUGUAAAAUUUAAAUAUACAACCGUGCCAUACAGACAAAUAGACUGGAAUAUAUUGUUCUUUAACGGUGUACAUAAAUAAUAACGUUUUGUGUACAGAGAGUCAGAUAAAAAUAUAAAUUUCCUUAACACGUAAAACUAUAAUGCAAAUUUUUUUGUGAAACUAAUUCCGUCCAAUUUGGUUGACCACAACAACAUUCGAGAGUGAGUUAUAAUUCAAUAUAUCUAUAUAAGUGAUUCAGUGUGUAUAAACUAGUGAUAUAAGAGACCGAAUAUUAAUGUACUUAAAAGGUAUUAAAACGCAAAAAGUGCAAAAAUAAUUUUUAUUUAAGAUAAUUAUCGUUUUACAAGUAAAUAGCUUACACGUAUUUUAACCUUUCGUAUUUUAAAUAAAUCGGUGCGUGAUUUUAUGUAAUAGCUUCACAUACUCAAAAAAAAACGGACUUGCAUUUCUUGGAAAUUAUUAAAUCAAUCAUACAUUGUGAUUACACCGUUUCAAAUUUACCGAGGGGAAAAAAUAUAAAUUUUUAUAAUUUAAACUUAUGAAACUUAAAUGAAAUUAUUGGAAAAAUACUCGACCGCAACAACAACAACAUCAAAACAUAAAAUUCAUCAUAAUUACCAUCAUCACCAUGCUGAUUUAAUAUAACUUCUGAUUAAAUACUUAAAUUAAAUAAACGUGAACGGUCGUAAUAAUUCGAAAUAAAAAAAUUAUUCCUGUUCAAUCAGUAGAAAAGAAUGUUUCAAUCGAUCGUUCAAAGUGUAAAAAUAAAAUGAUAAAAAAUAAUGUGAUUAAUAAUUGUGCAAUAAAAAGUCAAUAAAAUAAACGCAGCAAAAUAACGACAACAUCGAACUUAAACAGAACCUAACGGAUACAGAUUAGCUAUACAUAAAUUAUCACUCAGAUGCUGAAACAGACCUAAUUUUAAAUGAAAUUAAUUUUUUUUCUUUGUACCCAUACAAUUAAUUGAAGUGCCGAGAUUUUAUUCGUAAUUAUCUGCCCACGAAAGGCGCACAGAGAGCAACGAGCAAAAAAAAAAUCGCAUCUCUUUCGAUUUAUAAUCGUUCAGCGCACAAUAUAAUUCCAUUAAAAAAGCAUACACAUAAUAAUCAUGUCCUCACCGCAUGUUCAAGAACAAGACUUAACACAGUCAUCAACAACAACAUCGCCCCCAUUGGAUGUAGCCGCCAAUCAUACCUCCCCGAUGCAGCCAAUUUCGCGGAGCCCGCAACCAGAACUGGCAACAAUGACCAAUGUUAACGUUCUGGAUUUGCACAAAGAUUUUACCGACUCAAAAAUGUAUGACAGAGAUAAUUCGGUAUAUGUAUAUGGCAGCAGUAAUAAACCGAAUGACAAUAAAAUCGAAGGCAAUCAACUGGUUAAUGCAGCUGUAAUGCAACGAAUCUCACCAGGGGAUCAAAUGAUUGAUGAUCGAGUUAUAACCGACAAUCGCAGUGAAGAAUUGCUAUCGAAAUUGUCGGUGUCCGAUGAUCAUAUAUUGCGAUUGGUCGGUCCGAAUGGCGAAAGCCAACAAAUCAUAAGUCGUGAAAUCAUAAACGGUGAACAUCACAUACUAACUCGUAAUGAAAAUGGUGAACAUAUUAUUACACGAAUUGUUAGUUCGGAUCAUAAAUUAGGCUCGGCAGACAGUGCUUUAUUUUCAACGGGUCAACUAUCGAUGGGCCAUCAUAAAAUUAUAACAACAAAUGAUGAACAUGAAACGGUUUAUGCGAGCGAGCAUGUUGAUUCAGCUGUAUUACAGUAUGAUGGCUCUGCGACAUCCACAUCUUCCGGAGACAAUGAACCAAUCGAUGUGAAGGGAAAGGGUCAGAUAAUUUAUACUCAUGGCGACAGAGAUUUUGUCGAUUCGAAAGAUGACGACUUUGAUGGCAAAUCCGGAACGAUAUAUUCCACAUCGAGUACGGAUGAUAAAAUCUACGAAAAACCGCCACCAAUUGACUUGAUUUAUGAAGAAGGUGGGAAAACAGUUAUCUAUACGACAAAUGGUGAACAAAAAGGACUGGAAUUGUAUCAGAGUGGUGAAUUGGGUUUAAUUAGUGAAGGUCAAGUGAUUGUACAAGGUGGUCUGCAGUAUACCACUCAGCAUAUUAAUGGUCAAACUGUGUUCGUCGUGUCCGAGUCCUUGGAUGGUGAAAUCAAUGGACCGAUUCAAAGGCGAAGAGCACCAUCAAAUCCAGAUUCACCGAUAAGCAACCACACCGGUCCAGAAACAAUAAAUCAUGUACAAAGUGCCACAACGCAAACAGCGUACCUUCCCGCAGCAAGAUUCUUUGAACAUCCACUGACUGCUGCUACCUCUGCAAUGCUCAAUAUAUCUGGUAACGGAUCGAACAAUGACGACGAACCGGGAACAAACGGAAGUACCGGCAGUGUUAACAUUGGUGCAUUGGGAACACCGCACCAAGUGCACCAAGUACACAAUCCAAAUGGUAGCACGUCAUUUGUGUAUGAAUACUACAAAGUACCUGAUAAAGAUGGACUACAAUGGAGUUCCCCUGCAACGAAAUUGAACGGACAGGCCACGCCUAUAGACGUAUCUGGCCUAUCGCAAAAUGAAAUACAAGGUCUAUUGCUCGGUGCACACCCAUCGUCACAGAAUAUACAUGUGAAACGUGAACCCGAAGACUUACGCAAAGAUCCGAAAUGUUCACGCAAUCAAAAGGUACUAGUUGUUCAGUCACCGUCGCCAUCAUUACAAGUUAAAGAACCACCGCCCAGCCCUGGAAGCCCAUCAUCCGAAAACAUGUACGGUGCCGCAGGUGGCACCCAAAUUUAUAUGCAGGUUUUGCAGGGUCCAUCACACCAAACUAGUUCUACAACAACGUCUGGUUCAAAUGUAAAUACAAAUACUCCGAGUCCGGGUCCAUAUGUGUCUGAUCAAUAUGGAAUGUAUACUGCACGAUUAACUUCUGGCGGUACAACAUUUAUGUCCGAGCCAUACUAUAGAGAAUAUUUUGCUGGCGAUGCCCAAGGAUACGCACCAGCCAGAGCCAUAUAUGGUGAUGCAGAUGGUCCACAAGGUGCAACCACCUAUGAGGGACGCUUCUCGAAUCAUCAUUCAAAGAAUACUCCAGUUUACGCGAAAACAGUCACUGCUGCAGGAUUAACGGUAGACUUACCUAGUCCGGACUCAGGUAUCGGAACCGAUGCAAUAACGCCUAGGGAUCAGAAUAACAUUCAGCAGUCAUUCGAUUACACUGAACUAUGUCAACCUGCGACACUAUUGGAUGCCAAUGGUACGAUACCGGUUUCGGUUAAUACUUUACAAAGGGUGAAUUUACACGCAAGUCAAAGUAGUCCAACCACAUCGAUAGGUAGUCAGCCAUCAUCCAGAUCUAGACCUUGGCACGACUUUGGGAGGCAGAAUGACGCUGAUAAAAUUCAAAUACCAAAAAUAUUUACAACGCAAGGCUUCCGAUACAACUUGGAAAGUCCAAUUAGUUCAUCCCAAAGACGUGAAGAUGAUCGGAUAACAUACAUAAAUAAAGGACAAUUCUACGGUAUUACACUCGAAUACGUACACGAUCCAGAUCAUCCGCUAAAGAAUCAAACAGUAAAGAGUGUCAUUAUGCUAAUGUUCAGAGAGGAAAAAAGUCCUGAAGAUGAAAUAAAAGCUUGGCAAUUCUGGCACAGUCGGCAACAUUCGGUCAAACAACGAAUACUCGAUGCUGACACAAAAAAUUCGGUUGGUCUCGUUGGUUGUAUCGAAGAAGUAUCACAUAAUGCCAUUGCCGUUUACUGGAAUCCACUUGAAAGUUCAGCAAAAAUAAAUAUUGCGGUGCAAUGUUUGAGUACAGACUUCAGCAGCCAGAAAGGUGUUAAGGGACUUCCACUGCAUGUACAAAUUGAUACAUUCGAAGAUCCUCGAGACACACAAAUUUUCCACCGAGGAUAUUGUCAAAUUAAAGUAUUUUGUGAUAAGGGCGCCGAACGUAAGACUCGUGACGAAGAGCGUCGGGCUGCCAAACGAAAAAUGACUGCAACUGGUCGCAAGAAAUUGGACGAACUAUAUCAUCCCGUGACGGAUCGAUCAGAAUUUUACACAAUGCAAGAUUUAGGAAAACCACCUGUACUAUUUUCACCCGCCGAAGACAUUGACAAAUUGUCCGGAAUGGAUCUACAGAGUUUCUAUGGCCACGAAACCGAUUCGUUGUCCGGUACAUCGGAUGCGAAGGGAACGUCGCCGUUUCUACUGCAUUCGACCAAUAAGCCGACAACGCCUACGUUGAAAUUUCACAAUCAUUUUCCGCCGGAUGUACCGACUGUGGACAAAAAAGAUCACAUCCUUGAACAAUCACUAGUACAACAACAAUCAUCCAUCAUGUCAGACUUCGGUCCACCGACAAUAAAAAGACAACGGAUGACUCCACCACUGAACGAACGAGUCAUGCUGUACGUACGACAGGACAAUGAAGACGUCUACACACCGUUACAUGUGGUUCCGCCAACGACAAUUGGUCUUCUAAAUGCGAUUGAAAAUAAAUACAAAAUCUCGACAUCCAGUAUAAAUAACAUAUUCCGUACAAACAAGAAAGGGAUUACUGCGAAAAUUGACGAUGAUAUGCUGUCUUAUUAUUGCAACGAAGACAUAUUUCUCUUAGAAGUUCGGCAAAUCGAAGAAGAUCUUUUCGACAUAACGCUAACCGAACUGGGCGACCACCAUUGAUCAUAAUGGUUACAAUUGAGUUUCUCAUUUACGACUGGUUUUGUAUGUUACGAAAAGUCAACAAUUUAUUUGCUUAUCGAGUGUAGAGUGUACGAACAAUUUUCGCAUCAUAUGGGACAAUGUUCUGAUCAUUUUUUUAAAAAGAAGAUUUUUCUUUACUUCGUUCUAUUUAUGCAAUUGUAUUAAUAAUUAAAUAAUUAGUGCCUGCUGCCUGCCCUUCUUCCGACCACUUAAAAUUCAUAUCUUUAUAUUUGCACGCGGAUCGACUAAUAGUUGAAAGAAAAAUUUGUCGAUGUUGGUUCAAUGCACUCUACCAUGCUCAAUCAAUAAUGUAAAUAGCCUAAUAUUUAAGAAAUGAAAAUUCGUAAAUGAUUCAAUUCAAAUUGUAUAAACGCUGUGUGUACAUAAUAAUCACUAGUAAUCGACGAGCACUGAUUUAUGAAGUUUGUUCUUGCCACAAAGAAACAUUCAUUAUUUUAACACAGUAAUGAAGAUCUCAAUUAUAAUCGAAGAUCAAAAAUAAAAAACUUAAAAAAUGAAAAUUUCUAAGAAAAAUUUAAAAUAUGAAAAUUGAGACAGAUACGAUAGUUGUACGGUAGUUAAAGAUCAGACUCAAUAAAAGGACAUUAAUUUUUGAAACUAUAAAGGAAAAGUAAAAAAAAAGAAGAAAAACAUGAAAAUGUGAUCCAUAUUUAUUUCGUGGGUAGAAUAAAAUAUUUUGCAUUAAGUUUAAUUUAAAAAAAAUUAACAAAAAAUCAGAAUUGUCCAAUUAGCAAAAUAACUUUUAAGCAAACGAACGAAGUAUUCUACAUUCCAUCCAACUCUUGCCGAAACUAAGUUUAAUGUUACUCAAAGAUCUUAAGCUUAAAGGUAAAA